CUCGCCCUCAAAGACCAGACAAUCGUCACCCUCAAAGUCGGCCCAGACGCGCAGAGCCUCUCCAUCCACCGAGAGAUGAUCUGCCAAAGCUCCAAAUACUUCACAAAAGCCUUCAAGGGCGGCUUCAAAGAGGCCGAGGAGAAAUGCAUCACCUUGAAGGACGUGGAGGUCCUCACAGCGCAGCGCUUCAUGCACUGGCUAUACACAAACACACUAGAAGACGAAGACGGCGGAGAAACGGGCGAACUGUCUUCUCUAUCUGCCUUGGACCUCGCCCGCCUCUACGUCCUCGGCGACCGCUACGACGUCCCCGAGCUCCGCAAUCAGAUCAUGCGCGAACUC